UAGAGAUGUGGCCGAUAUUCGCGGAUAACAAUGGAGUUGGAGAAAGAAAUCAAGAAGAAAUUCGAAUUUUUAUCCUCCAAUGGAGAUGCGAUCCGGAUAUCGCGGAUAACAAUCAGAAAGAAAUCAAGAAGAAAUUCGAAUUUUUAUCUGCUAAGUAG